CUUGAUUUUAUUGUCGUGACAUCAGACCUUUCUCUGUUGUUGGCCAUCAUGAGCAAGCAUCCUUCGUCAUCUGGAGGGCAGCUUUCCUUAGACCUCUUCCUCGUCUCAAAGACGCGUAAUGUGAAGGAAAACGUCGCGCCCUCGGCAUCGUCCAAGAGGAAGAGACUACCGAAGGAUGAUGACGACCAUGGCGACCCUCCUUUCAAGAAAGACAAAGAGCAGAAGAAAGUCCAGAUUCCUCGUGGGGAGAAACGUGGUGCUCGGUCGACCCCUCUCCUACAUUCCAGGACAGUAGGAGGCUUGCAGACCCCAUUAUCCUACGGGGACACUCCGAUGGCGAGAUCGAAAAACAAGUCUACCACCAAAGUGGUUCGCACUGUCCAACCUGCGCCAUUUCCGUUGCCGUCGCCGCCACAGAUCACGGCUCCAGAACUUGCACAUAUAAGGCGCGAGUUCUUGGCAUCCGAAGAGGCUCGGUUCAACGUCGCGUCCACCAGUAAAGCAGGAACACUUCAUACCCCGUCUCUACCAAGACGUAAACGGCUGCGCAGAAACUCAAGUCCGACAUCUCCAGUGGAGCGUGGAUUGACCUUUAGUCGCCAGCAUCGCGCACUCUUCACGCCAGAAUCCCAACACGUCGUUCCGUCCUCUCAGCCAUCGCUAGACGGUCGAGGCGACGGUACUUCUGAGGACCCUUUCACUGAUUCACGAGCGCGUCCGUCUUCACGCCCCUUUGACUUCGAUAUGCUCCCUUCUCCUUCAAUACCAUCGUCGACAUAUGAGUCUAGUGUACCUCGGACUAGUCUUUUCAAGGUUCCACUUUCU